UUUGCAAGAAUUGUUGGUGGUCUUGGUGGCAGAGCAGCUGAAGAAAUCAUUUUUGGUGAGCCUGAGGUUACGACGGGUGCAGCAGGUGAUUUGCAGCAGAUCACUGGUUUAGCUAAACAGAUGGUAACUACUUUUGGGAUGUCUGAAAUUGGUCCAUGGUCACUCAUGGAUGCAUCAGCUCAAAGUGCUGAUGUCAUCAUGAGAAUGAUGGCAAGAAAUUCAAUGUCAGAAAAGCUAGCCGAAGACAUUGAUACAGCAGUCAAGAAGAUAUCAGAUAGCGCAUACGAGAUUGCCUUGAGACACAUCAGGAACAACCGUGAAGCCAUUGACAAGAUUGUGGAAGUCCUCCUUGAGAAGGAAACAAUGACAGGAGAUGAAUUUAGGGCUAUCCUCUCAGAAUUUGUCGAAAUCCCAGUCGAAAAUCGGGUUCCUCCAACAGUACCCACACCAGUCUCCGUCUGAGUAUAUGAUAAAACUGCAAAUACAGAAAAUCUUGACCAUACAUCUUGAAUUGAUUGAAUGUAUAAUAAUGUGUAAUCUUUUGAUCUGAUGUAGUACGAGUUUAGAAAUGAGCAAAAGUGCCAUUAUUUGCUAUA